GUUUCACCUACAAUGACAUCGGAGGAACUGACAAAUCAGGUGCUAGAUCUGAAGAACAUAUCAACUGGAGAAAAGGAGGUCUGGGUUACCUUUGAAGCCAUUGAAAAUGGUGAACUGGAACGCCCACUCCACCCAAAGGAAAAGGUCCUGGAGCAAGCUCUCCAAUGGUGUAAGUUAUCAGAGCCCAGCUCAGCCUAUCUGGUUGUCAAAAAGCUCCCUGCAGGAGAAGGAGGAAAUCUUUAUUCAGCAAUUAAAAGUGAAACUCCAAAGUCCGGGAUGUUGAAGUGUCGAGAGGAGCCACCAAAACUUCUGUCUGGAAACAAAUUCCAGGAGCGGUAUUUUGUUUUGCGAGACCGUAAGCUGCUUCUUUUUAAGGAUAAAAAGAGCUCCAAGCCUGAACGGGAGUGGUCUGUUCUCUCACUGAAAGUUUACCUGGGCAUUAAGAAGAAGCUGAAAGCACCAACAAUGCAGUGGGGCUUUACUAUAUUCUCAGAUAAGCAGCAGUGGUUCUUGUGCUGUUCAGGGCAAUCGGAGAUGUGGGAUUGGACAGCCAGUAUCCUAAGAUCUCAGCACGAUGAUCUACGGCCUACAAUUCUGAGGCGUCAUUCAUCAUCUGAUGUACCCAAGCAGAAAUUUGGAACUAUGCCACUCAUUCCAAUUCAUGGGGAUGACAGCAAUGCCAUGAUGUUAUCAGCAAAUCAAACACUGCGACGCCUACAUGCUCGGAGAACGCUCUCAAUGUUUUUUCCAAUGAAGACGCAACAUGAUGUGUUUGAACAGCAUGAGAAAGACAAGAACACUAACAAUGAACCCGUCUAUGAGGAAGUACAGGAUGUCAAUGUAAUGUUAUCAAUUAACCAGGAUAUCGCUCCAGUGGACACCACAUCAGUGUUGGUGGCACAGCUGAAGCCAAACUCAGUUACAAACUUACCAGCACAGGACAAAUUCUUGCAGGAACUGAGUUCUGCCAUUCACAGAAAGAAUGAGCUUCAACAUGACAUUACCAAGUUAUGAUGAAUGGUGGAUAUUCCAGAA